UCCUUGUGCAGGUUAAUAUUGUAACCUCUUACAGUUGUCACAGUCAUUGGAGAGAGGAAGUGGAAAACUACCCUCCUCGCCUUGGUGACAAGAGAGAGAAAUAAUUACAGAGACCACCUCACCAUCACCACCAUGAAGAUGCUUAAUGUUGCCAUUCUCAUUUUAGUCCUGUUUUAUCCCAGUCUCAGCACAAAGUGGCCUACGCACCCAGUCUGCAAGGAGAACGAUUUGGAAAUAUAUUACAAAAGUUGUGAUCCCGUGCAAGAUUUUGCUCUUAGCAUCGAUGGUUGUUCCAAUAUCUUAAUGAAUACUUUUAACAUCAGAGCUGCAACGGUCUUAAGACACAACAUCAAGGAACUAUCUAUAAAAGUUAAUCUCAUCCUAAAUGGGAAGAGUAUCCUAGAAUACUCACAGAAACUCUGUGAGCCGAAUGGCCGAAGGUUUAUCUUCUGUGGAAAGAAAAAAGGAGAACAUAUCUACUACGAAGGGCCUGUCACACUGGGAAUCCAUGAAAUCCCCCAAGGAGAGUACACAGUUUCAGUGAUGCUGUAUAAUGAAGAUCAUCUCACUAUUGCUUGUGCUGAUUUUACCAUUAAAAAAAAAUAAUUUUUCCCCAUAUAAAGCAAAGAAGCGAUCAGAAACAGUUCAUUUAAAGGGGCAGGUCACCAAAAUAGUGCAAGCUUUGUAGCUAAGAAAGCUAGUUAUAUUCUACAGUGAUAUUGAAGGAAAUAAUUCCACUCAGAGGUUCAGGUGCUAUUCUUGUUUAUAAUCUAUUGCUUUUAGGAAGGCACUAGAACCCCAAGAGAUAAUUUAUCUUAUGACAUUCACUGUACUCCAUUUGUUUUUGUUUCUAAAAUAUAUGGCUGCUUUAAAAUAGCAAGAGUUUUAAAUGUUCAAAAGCCUUCUAGUCCACUAACUGCAGAACUGAAUGAAACAGACAUCGCCCAAUGAGCUGUCUAGCAGGAGGAGAUCAGAGCUUUUUUCCUGGGCUACUGGAGGCAGGAGGGGACUUAGCACAGUGGUUCCCAAACACAGGCAUGCCUGCUAGAGCGAUGGCUUUUGUGAUUGACACUAGGCAUGGAGUUCUAACCACAGAACCCUUUCCUACCUGAACUUGGUGCAAUGAAUGUCUGUAUCAUUUUACACAUGCUCAUUUUACACAAUGAUAGACUUAGAUUGUCCCAGAUUUCAAUUUUGUUCAGUCUGACAUGAUAUGAGAUUUGGAGCAGCCUUGGUUUAACUAAAUGAGAGGCAGGCCAACAUUAUACCAGAGGAGAGGAGUUGCAGCUGCUGCAUUAAGAGAAGAGAGCACUGGCACUGCCCAGGUCUUACUCUUAGAAAUUGAUGCCUUGGGAACCACUAUACUGCACUCAGUCUUUGGUAGGGAGGAGGGAGUACCUCACAUUAUCCCUUCCAAAUUCAGUACAGUUCAGUACCUAACACAGGGCCAUGUAAAAAAAAAUAAGCUUCCAAUAUCUUACAUUGGCUAUUACAAUAUCAAGGUCAGAAAGGCACCCACCCCACAGUUAAACUCUCAACAUGCAUUCAGUAUUAUGCACUUAACAUUUGCAAUCAAUACAAUGUAACGUUACAAAAAGCUGCAGAUACCAGCUCAUUUAUUAACGGUGAAGAAAACCAAAUUAUUUAUGUUCAGGAAGACAUACGGAAAGUAGGGGAGAGGCCUACAUGAUGUGGAAGCCUCUUCAGACAUCCUGAUUGCAGCAUUCAUCCACAUACUUUUAUAGAAGCUAUAACAUAACCUCACUGUAGCCUGUACUUUCUGUGUAGACUCUUUUUAAUAAACCCAUGAAAGAGAGACCCAAGAAUGUGAACAGAAGUAUUCCACCUGCUAUUUGAGCAAUCCUUGUGUCAUAUCUGUUCUCUGGAGUAACAGCACUCCACACUUCAAUUUUUUGGAUUUGCUUUUUUGUUUUUUACAUCCUUUUUAAUGACAUGUGAAUGAUUCUGCUAAUAUGCUAUUAUGGCCAUCUGCUUCCCAAUAAAGUCAGAUGAAAAAGA